GUCAAUAGUCAAAGAGAAAAGGGAGAAAGUGCUGCGGACUCACCGGGAAGAGGACACAAACACAUUUCUGAGCCUAGCUAACAUAACUGAAAGCCUAAAUGGAUCUGACCGAACAGAUCAACCAGCUGGAGGCCGAUUUGCUGGAGCUGGGGUCACUCCUGGAAAAGGCAGAGAGGAAAAGAGUGCAGGAGCUGCUACAGCAGGAGCAGAAGAAGGUGGAGAAGGAGCUUGCAGUCAAACGUCAACAGAAAGAGAAACAAGCCAGGAGAGAUGCAGACCCAUCUGCUGCCUCUAAAGCAGCAUACACAGUCAAGAUUAACAACUAUGCAUGGGACCAGUCAGAGAAAUUUGUCAAAAUUUACCUGACCCUGAAGGAUGUGCACAAAAUUCCACCAGAAAAUGUGGAAGUCAGCUUUACAGAAAAAUCAUUUUCUGUGCUGGUAAAGGAUCUCGAUGGGAAAAACCAUCAGAUGACAAUUCUCAACCUGUUGUAUCCAAUCGAUGAAAAGGAAAGCUAUAAAAAGAUAAAAACAGACAUGAUCCUGCUCAUGUGCAAGAAGCAGACGACAAAGAAGUGGGAGUGCCUAACAGCGUUGGAAAAGCAGUCUAAAGACAAAGACAAGCCCACGGUUGAUGAGAAUGCUGACCCCAGCGAUGGCCUAAUGAACAUGCUGAAGAAGAUUUACUCGGAGGGAGAUGACGAGAUGAAGAGAACCAUCAACAAAGCCUGGUCAGAGUCCCAGGAGAAGAAAAUUCGAGGAGAAGAGAUGAUGGACUUCUGAACUGGACUUGCUGCGUGUCCACAGCAGGACCAAGGGAGACCUGCCAGGGAUGUACCUGACAAGACUUGAAGACUAAAUGUUAUGGGUUGAAGUCCAAUAUAUAAAUCAUAUUACUACAAAAUCUAGAAAUUCAGUGUCCACUCAUAAAUAACGUAUUUGGGAUUAAUGUUUAAACCCUGGAUGGCCUCAUUUUGACCCUGCUUUAAAUAUCAGACUACCAAUGCCCUGAUUGUCAUGGGACACAAUAGAGGGACCUUCAAUAAAUUGCAUGGAAAAUGCCUGUACAAAUAUCAUGGCAAUGUCCAGCAGAUGGCGACCUUAACUGCAAAAUACCACUGCAUUUCACCAGUUUGAUAAGUAAUGGAUUAAAGGACCACAAUGCAGUUGUUUGUCUUGAGAUUAAUAUCUAUUAGUAAUUCCUAGUUUAAAUUGGACCAAGGUCAAUUCAGUAUGUGAGAAAUCUUCUAUAAAGUCAUAUCUUAAUAUUGUUCCUGUGCAGCAAAACUGAGCUGAUAUUUAAGAUGUUUGCAAGUGUACAUUUGCCAAAGUCAUACUCAUCUUCCUAUAACGAAGACAACCAGAGGGCUUUUCUGACUUCUGUUAACGUCUUCAUACCAGCCUUUUAUUUUCCACUACAUAAAAAGCUCAAAUGACAGCUGCAAAGACAGGACAGCUCUUGCAUCAGUCCAGUGUAAUAAUUAACAAUACUGCCUAAGUCUUUGUUUGACAUUUAAUGCAUUGUACCCAUUUCUGUUGCAUAGUGUAAUGCUCAAACACAUUAUUUCCAAUUCCUUAAUGUGCAUUUCCAUAGUGUUGGACAGUUUUCCACUAUGAUUCCUAUACCCUAUACCCUAUAUAUAGGGUAGCACUGUAUAUGUUGCCUUUUUCCCUCCAGCAUUUGUGAAUAUCUAAAAUGUAUGUUUUUAUAAUUUUACUUUGGCUUUUGUUACAGUCUUACAUGUAUUGUUGCCUGUCCUCAGGUUGUUCAUGACAUUCUCCAAAAUACAGAUCUUGAACUGAG